AUGAAGCCUGGUAUUGGCAUCAGCGUUGGCGGAAGCACCGCCGUUGUCGCAGUGUGCUCGGAUAACCGAGCCGAUGUCGUGGCAAACGCUGCUGGUCAGCGUGGCACACCCUGUAUUGUGUCCUUCCACGACAACGAAGAGCUCGUCGGCGCUCCCGCAAAGCAGCGUAUGGUGCGCAACUUCAGAUCAACCAUCGUCAGACCAUCCACCUUCCUCGGCAGGAAAUUCAGCGACGCAGCCACCCAAGAACUGUGCAAGGAGCUCAAGUAUGCACCCAUCGUGGAGAGCAAGGACGGAGCCGUUGGCUUUCAGAUUGGCGAGUCCAAGGUCUACGAGUGCACCGAGAUUGUUUCCCACAUCCUCAAGGAGGCAAAGGCCACGGCGCAGACACAGGUGCAAGAUCUGCCUGGUGUCGUCAUUACCGUUCCGCUUGACGCAACAGAGGCGUGGAAGACUGACAUGCGGCGCGCGUGCAAGCUCGCUGGGCUGCAUGUGUCGCGGUUCAUCUCUGAGCCCGCGGCGGCGCUGAUGGCGUACGACAUUGAGCAGGACCCGGAGAGCCACAGCCACGUCGCCUCCCUCAACCUCGUCAUUGACGUCGGCGGUUCACGGACGACGAUGGCUGUUGUGCAGUCGACUGCUGGCCUUUUUGAGGUACUGGACUCCCGGUCCACACGCGACGUUUCUGGCGACAAAUACGAUGACGUCACCGUCUCCAUCCUCGCAAACGAGUUCAAGAAGAAAACGCGCAUGGACGUGACUGACGAGAAGCGUUCCAUGCUGAAGCUGAAAACCGCCGCCGAUACAGUGAAAAAAACGCUCUCGGUCACAGAGACGGCCAUUGCGUCCGUCGAGUCGCUCUUUGAAGGAAUGGAUCUCCACUGCUCCGUGCAGCGUGCGCGGUUUGAGGGCCUCUCUGGCGCCAUCACCCGCAAGUUUGUUGGCAUGAUCGACGAGCUGCUGAAGUCGUGCGGCAUCACCGCCAAUGACAUCACAACGGUGCUGCUUCAUGGCGGCUGCUCGCAACUGCUGACCAUCCGCCGCGCCGUGGAGAGCAAGUUCCCCGAUCGCGUGCGCACACACAUCCCCGGCAGCGACGUGGUGGCGAUUGGGGCCGCAAAGGAAGGCUUUGCUGUUGCGCUUCGCCACAGCCACGCCAACACACGGGAGGACAGUCUCACGGACGCGUGCACACUUGAGGCCGACGGACUGGCAAAGGCCAUCGCCGUCAUGAUGGGCCCAACGCAACACAAGGUGCUGCUGCCCAAGGGAACACCGGUUCCAAUCCGUGCAACAUUCCCGCUCGCCUGCCAACCGGGCGCUACCUCCAUGCACGUGGUGCUGGGCGAGGUUGAUGGUGACGCCGUGAAGGAGGUUGCUCGCUUCGGGCUCAAGGACCUCGAUGCAUCCAAGGAGGGUGCGGCCCACACUAAACUCACCAUCGUCGUUACAAAGGAGGGAGGAAUGCUUGCAACGCUGGCUGAUGUGAACAACAAGGCGAACGUGGCAUCCAUUGUUGCAAAGAAGCAGGAGGCACAAUAG